GAAUAAUAAUUUCCGAAAAAGAGAGUAAAGAGUAAUAUAGUUACGUAUAGAUUCGCGCGGGCGGCGUCCGACCGCGGAGCGCGGUGUGCUGGCCUGCCUGGUGCGCGCCCCGUGUGUGCGCGCCGUCCCGAGUACGUCACUAUCUCACGGCCGGCGAGUACGAAUACCUAUACCUGUAUCGACUGGUCCCUAGAGAGCGAUGCCGCUCACUCACACCUCUCUCAGCCCCAGCCCGGCGAGCAGCGCCUCGUGGGCGUCCGCGAGCCGCGUGAACUCGGCGAGCGCGUUCGUGUCGAGCCGCGAGCGCACCUGCGCGUUGCUGCCGUUGAAGUCGCGGUGCGUGUUGACCAGCGGUGCCUUGCUCGACUUGCUCCGCUGGCGCCGCCGCAGCCACGCCGCGCGGUUGGCGGCCGAGUCCGGCGCCUCGCACUGCGCGUUGAGCUCCUCGCGCCGCGUCGCGAGCAGCGGAGCGUUGUGGUGCAGCCCCGUGAAGUUGGCGAGCGCAUCGACAAGCUCGUGCGCCUGCAGCGUGCGGAGCUUCUCCGAGCUGAGGAGGAGGAGCUGCUCUCUGGAGAAGCCAGCGGCGAUCCACGCGCGCAGACAGACAUAGUGCAGACUGUUCGUGACGAAAUUGCGCCAGACGCCGUCGCCCCAGCAGCUCUCAAAGUAGCGCAGCACCUGCUCGUCACUCAGCGAGCCGAGCAGCUC